AUGUUCUCCCCAACGUAUGCCACUAACGCCGCUGGUCUCAAUUACAUUCGUUUUACAGUCGGAGCUUCUGAUUUUUCUGCGAACCUUUAUAGUCUAGAUGACAGCAGUGGCGAUAUAUCUUUCAGCAACUUCAAUAUCAACAAGGUCCUAUCCUAUUCCAUAUUAUCCCAUGGUGGUUGGGUGAAAGAUAGUGGGAGUAUGAAUGGCGGAUCCUUACAGUCAAAAUACGUCCCUGCUUAUCCUACGUACCUUCUCAAAGCCGUACAAGGUUUCCAAAGUCAAGGUAUGAACAAAAAUCCUGACAUUCCUCGCCCAUUUGAAGAAGUUUUAUUGCUUCUCCCAUUUGAAUAUCUUCGCUGA